AUGGCAGUCCAAUUCGAUGGAGGAGUUGUGGUCGGCGCAGACAGUCGGACAACUACUGGCAGCUACAUUGCCAACCGUGUAACAGAUAAGUUAACAUAUGUGCACGAUCGCAUAUACUGCUGCCGAUCCGGGUCUGCCGCGGACACCCAGGCCGUCGCGGACAUCGUGCAUUACUAUCUGCAGAUGUACACUCAGACAAGUGGCGAAGCACCUCCAGUGCACACAGCGGCUACUCUGUUCCAGAAGUUAUGUUACGAGAACAAGGACGCCUUGAGUGCUGGUAUCAUUGUUGCUGGAUGGGACAAGGAGGUGGGUCCCAGUGUGUACAACAUUCCGCUAGGCGGAGGUUUGUUCAGGCAGCCGUGGGCAAUCGGCGGCUCUGGAUCGACGUACGUCUAUGGUUAUUGUGAUGCUACCUACAAGGAGGGCUGGGGGAGAGAUGAAACGGUCAACUUCGUGAAAAACACAUUGGCUCUGGCCAUGUCUCGAGACGGGUCGUCGGGAGGUGUCAUCCGCAUGUGUGUAAUCACGGAGGAUGGGGUCGAGAGACUGUUCGUGCCCGGGGAUCAGCUACCCAGAUUCUGGGAGGGUAAGGAAGUCUUGGGGUUGCCAGUCUUCAAGGAGAAGGCACAUGCGCCCGUGCCCAUGGCGGUGGAAUCAUAA